UGUUUUAAAACGUGACAUGCAAUAAAAUGUUGAAUACUAUACUUCAACAAGCUGUAUCUUAUCGCUCCACGGUGCCGAUUCUGUUAACAGUGAGUGUUGCACCUCAAUAUUUAUUUGCCUGGUCAAUAUGGCGUUCAUUGUCCUCGCUGCUUCCCAGAAAAGUGUACGAAUAUAUCGAUGAUAAAUUGUAUGACAUCUACCAAACCUUGGUCGUGUUCUUCUUUGAAAAUUAUGCCGGCACAGAGCUCGUAUUUUAUGGAGAUGAAAUCCCAUUAGAUAGGAGAGAAAAUGUUGUUUAUUUGUGUAAUCACCAAAGCACAGUUGACUGGGCUGUUGUUGAUAUGAUUGCAAUCAGACAAGGAAGCAUGGGCUCCAUCAGAUAUAUUUUAAAAGACAGCUUGAAAUACUUGCCAUUGUUUGGAUUUUACUUUCCCCAGCACGGCUGCAUUUAUGUAAAAAGGAAUGCAUCUUCAGAUGUCCUCAACAUUGAAAGGAGAAUGCGAAAGUUUAAGGAAGACGAUAGUGCUGUGUGGAUGGUGAUAUUCCCCGAGGGAACUCGUUUUAAUACUGAUAUACCGGAGCAGAAACAGCAAAGCCAACAAUUUGCGAAGAGCCGAGGUCUUCCCGUUCUAAAUCAUGUUUUAACUCCGAAAACAAAAGCUACAGAAAUUGCCCUGGACACUUUGUCAGAUCAUAUUGAUGCUGUUUAUGACCUAACAAUUGCAUAUAAAGAAAAAUAUAAGAGUAUACUUCCUAGAAAACGAGCCAUAGAUUUGUUUGAGUUCUUCGACUGUUAUGAUCCUGAAAUCCAUGUGCAUGUGAGGAGAGUUACACCAGAUCAAAUACCAAAGAGUUGUAAAGAAAGAAAACAGUGGAUUUAUGAUGCAUUUCAACUUAAGGAUAGACUUCUUUCACAGUUUUAUUCCGAAGACGUUGAAACUCAGGGGCGAUUUCCUGGGCCGUGUAGACGGCACAAAGUGCCACUAGCGAGAACCUUAUCGUGGACAAUAUUUUGGGCAAGUGUUUUGCGCCAUUUUUGGCUACUAAAUACGGUCGGCGUAUACCUGAAAAGCUGGUUAGUAGGAAGUGCCGGUACCCUGUUGUAUAUGACGAUAUUGUAUGAUAGAUUGCAGAGAUAGCGGAAUAAACUGUGCAUUUUAGGUUUUAUGUGCUCAUGAUGUUCCGCACGAGACAAAUUUUGUAAAAUCUUCGGCUAUUAUAGAUGAUUUGCUGUUGAUAUAUUUAUUAAAACACUUUA